CAGUAUUUUUUGCUAGAAAAAUAUGCUUCGAGUAAAACAUUUAUAAAUCAACUUCCCAGUAUGGCAGAAAAUGCGUUGUGGAUGAAUUUGCAUGGGUUUGGAUUUGGAGAUCAGAUCACGAGAUGAGUACUUUGAAGGUGGGCCUAAAACUACAACACCAACAGCAGCUAUUACUCUAAAUUAUAAAGAAGAAUCAACCGUGGAGACGGGGGCUAGAAUGCAGCUAUAACUGCGUCGCGAACUUCGAGGAAUCAAGCAGAACUGACCUAUCUAUGGUAAAUUUGAUAAAACAAUAGGGUCAUUUUGGUCAGUGGGUUAAGUGACAGUUCAAGUAGUCUUUCAGGACUUGAUUCCUUCCCUUGUCAUUCAUAACUCAUAAACCUCAGACUGGGAGCUUUGUUUCUGUUCUGUUCUCUGUUUCACUGGCUCAGACCGCCUUUAUUUUUCAUUUCCUCUUAUCCAAAAAGUCGUCAGUUUCUGUUUUUUUUUUUUUUUUUUUUUUUUUUUUUUUUUUUUUUUUUCUACCUUCUUUUUGGCUUGUAAAGAUGUCGGGAAAAGGUGCUAAGGGUUUGAUUGCGGGCAAGACCUCAGCCAGCAACAAGGAUAAGGAUAAGAAGAAACCCAUCUCUCGCUCUUCUAGAGCUGGCCUUCAGUUCUCUCACUUGCGUAUUCAUCGAUUGCUGAAGUCGAGGACCACAGCUCAUGGAAGGGUAGGAGCAACAGCUGCUGUUUAUUCUGCUGCAAUUUUAGAGUAUUUGACUGCAGAGGUGUUGGAGUUGGCUGGAAAUGCUAGCAAGGAUCUCAAGGUGAAACGUAUCACUCCAAGGCAUUUGCAGCUUGCAAUUCGAGGCGAUGAAGAACUUGAUACUCUGAUCAAGGGUACCAUUGCUGGUGGUGGAGUCAUCCCUCACAUCCACAAAUCACUUAUCAAUAAAUCCUCCAAGGAGUAGCUUUACGCGCACCGAUCCUGCGUGCUACGAGGAUGAUUUGUUCGAAAAUCUGCUUGUGGAAUCAGGCAUUUGAGUUUCUAAGCUUCAUACUUGUUUCUCAUAUGUUGUGGAGGUGUGGAUAAUAGCUCACUUGGCAAUUCUAAUCUUUUUGUUUAGUAAUAUUAACAGUUCAUAUUAGAAUGGGAGCAUAUUUGGGUAUUGUUUCAUAUAUCUUCUGCA